CAAGGCUGUUCCCACUCCGUUAGCCCUGAAGUGGCUGGUAUAUAACUCGGGGCUGCUGCUUUCGGGACACCGCGGGGUGAUGAGAGUGAAAAGCGGGUGCAGUACGGACUGAAGGACGGAAAUCAGUCUGGAUACGGAAGAAAAACCUACAUCUUAUUUGCAUAAGUCGUCGGCUAGCCCUUCACUAGCCAUGAGCUCUUCCCACCCUCUGCACAUCCACUCCCCCUUGCGCGAGAGCCUUGCCCUGUCCAAGGUGGCGGGGACCCCCGUGUACCUGAAGAUGGACUCCAGCCAGCCCUCGGGCUCCUUUAAGAUCCGCGGCAUUGGUCACCUCUGCAAAGCGUGGGCGGAGCGAGGCUGCAAGAGAAUCGUGUGCUGUUCAGGUGGGAAUGCGGGCAUGGCGGCUGCCUAUGCUGCCCGCCACCUGGGCAUGCCUGCCACCAUCGUGGUGCCCACGGUGACCCCAGACUUCAUCCUGCAGAAGAUGAAGGACGAAGGGGCGGCCGUGACGGUGUACGGCAAGAUGCUGAUGGACACUCUGGAUUAUGCCAGACAGCUCAUAUCCAACAACCCCGACUGGGUGCUCAUCCCCCCCUUUGACGACCCUCUCAUCUGGGAGGGCCACUCGUCAUUAGUGCGGGAGCUGAAGGAGGAUCUGGAGGUGAAGCCAGGCGCAGUGGUGCUCUCCGUGGGCGGCGGGGGCCUCCUGUGCGGCGUGGUGCAGGGCUUGCGAGAGGUCGGCUGGGGGGACGUGCCCGUCAUUGCCAUGGAGACCGCUGGCGCGCACAGCCUGAAUGCCACGCUGCGUGCAGGACAGCUGGUCACCCUGCCUGAAAUGACAAGCAUUGCCACGACACUGAGCGUGAAUAGAGUGGCAGCUCAGACGCUGAAGCUGGCUACUGAGCACACGGUCUUCUCGGAGGUGGUGACGGACCAGGAGGCCGUCAAGGCCGUGGAGCUCUUUGCAGACCACGAGAGGACCUUGGUGGAACCAGCCUGUGGUGCCGCCCUGGCGGCCGUGUACUCUAAUAUCAUCGAUCGGCUGAAGACGGAGGGUAAACUGCCCCAGGAUAUGGGGCCGGUGGUGGUGGUGGUCUGCGGGGGCAACAUCAUUGGCUUAGGGCAGCUGCAACUGCUGAAGAAGAAGUUGGGCUUGACAAGCUAGGCUGUUAGACCCCGCCCCCUCCUCCUCCAGCACCUAUAUCUGCAGCUAUUGGGACAGACCAAUACACCCUUCAGCCUCAGUGUCCAUAAACCCACAAAGGGGACACUGCCAGCAGUUUCACUGGAGAAUGCCGGGAGCCUCAUUAGAGGCAUUUAAUUGUAUUUCAUUUUAAUCUAGAUGUAUUCAUUCAUAUUAUAUUCAUUGUUAUACUGAAUGUAAAUAUUUUUAUAAUGUCAUGUGGUGUAAGUAAAAGGGGGUAUAAAUCAAGAAACAAGGCAAAUUUAAUUUAUGACGCAAUUUACAGCAAAUUUGUGUGCCUGUAUGGAAGUGGGUGGUUCUCAGGCUUUUUAUCCCAAGGUCUCCAUCAGAUUUUUUUUCAAUGUCAGAGGUCCAGAACAAUUUUUAAUGGCAAAACAGCAUUUUAUGAACUUUAAUGAAUUAGCAAUAACCUUUGAUGUAGACGUCUAUAUAUAACAAAAAUGGGAACUUUAACGCACGCUGAUCAUUGCAACUCUGUCAUCGGGGGUGGAGAUUGACGAUUUAUGUGUGCACGAAGUUUGGUGGUCCUACAUUGUAUUUUUCUGUUCAACCAACAUGAAGCCUUUUUAAAUUAACCAUUUUGAUUCAUAAUGUAAAGCCACAGGCCUUGCAGGCCGCACUGGUAUGACCUCUGACAUACAACCAUGUUUGGUCUCGUUUGAAUGCUUACAGUACAACGGGCACAAUACGCUCAACCUUAAUGUGGUAUGUUCUCACAUGAGAGAAAUAUAGAAAGUAAGACAAAACCCACCAAAGUGGAGGAUCUUAUUACCUGUUGGAACAAAGGAAUUCCCACGUUCCUCCUAAAGCAGUUCGAUUGGCUGAGGGUCUGAGAAUUGAUAAGAUCAGCAGUUCUACAGGACACAUACACAAGAUCAACACAGUCCCUAAAAUAACCAAUCGUAAUACUUGGUCAGGAAAUUUAGUCUUCAAGGACAUUCCGUCACUUGGUUUGGAAUACUUAAGGAAGAGCUCGAGAGUAGCAAAGGAAGACCCUCUGUAAUCAGAGCUCCCCAUAGUGGGAUAUUUUCUGCAGUUACUCUGUGCCCGCUCAGCUGAGGUAUGUAAUUGUUUUGACUUGAUGGUAUAGUUUAGGAAUUUGUGGCCACAUGUUAGAAUUACAUUAAUGUUAUAUUUGGUUAAAUUAAUGUGUAUUAAUUGUGAAUAAACUAUGUUUUGAUUA